CAAAGUGAAGUGCUAUGCUGAAGUUAAUUCAUCCUGUGUGUUGAGUAGCAUAAGCAAACGUAGUAUUCGCACAUGAUGGACAAGUAUUAUGUGUGCCUUAUGAAUUUAUCAAAGGUUCUGUAUAGACAAGAACCUUAAAGUUCUCUUAAUACAUUUAUUUUUCUGUGAGAAUUUUUCACAGAAUUCUGUGAUAAAUGAAGAAAACUGUUAUUCAUCAUGGUGACUUAAAGGAAAGCAUGGUGCCUGACUCGGAGGAGAUCAGGAAAAUGGCGAGAAAGAAAAUGAGGACAGGGUUUACGAAAAUCAAAAUGUACUUAAAGGAGCCACGGAGUAGUGAUGAAAUGUGGUGUAUUUUCAGAGUGGCUACCCUGGGAGAACCACCGCCAGUAGAGGAAGAAAAGGCGGGAAAUGAACACAAGUCAGAGGUCAAGGAAAAUAAUAGGAUGGAAAGAAAGGCAGAGAAUUCUCAGGAGGGGGGAGGAGACAGGAGUGACAAAGGGGCCAUGGAGCAAAUUCAGCUGACAGAACAGAUAGCAAUGGUUCAGGACAUGGUGCAGGAGAUGAAGCUGAGUUUUACGUCGGCGAUGGAGGAGCUGGCCAAGACACAGUACGGUGACGAGUCCCUACAGCAGCAACUAUCAGCUGACCGCGAGAGCAAUCUACGACAGAUCACAGAACUCACCGACCUAGUCAGAAGUCUCAAGUCAGAGGUAGACUCAAUCAAAACAGAGCUAAAAGGAGUUGUAGCAACACAGAAAACCUGGGAAGAAAAGUUUAAAGCAGAAAGGUCUCAUUUAUUGGAGUCCCAUGCACCAGAUUCUUCCCGGAAAGAUGUGGCUCCUAUGGUUCAACCCUACCUAGCAAGUCUCAGUCAGCAAAAAGCCUCAGAAGACUGUGAUACCCACUCGGUGACUGCCCUGGCCUGUAAGAGCCUCAAUCUAUCACAAGCUCUCCACGAGAAGUGUCUACACCUGGAACUGUCCUCCAGUGAUGAGGAGGAAACUCUUAGAAAUCUGCAGAAUUCUGGAUUCUUUUUGGACAAAGAAGGAAGCUAUUACCUUGAUGAUAAACAUGUUCAUCCAAGGAAACUACCUCUCCAUGAAAGGGUGGUGGAAGAAGUACAAAGAGAGAAGGCGGCCCAGGAGAUUGUGGAAGCCGAGCGGUCCUACUGCUCUCAGCUGUGGACCCUGAUUGAUGCUUACAUGAACCCCCUCAGACAGGCUGAAAUCAUGACCCCCAGGGAGUUAUCUGCCCUCAUCCCCUCCUACAUCCCCCAGAUGUAUGAACAGCAUUGUCUACAGCUUCAUAAGAUGGAAGAGAGACUGGUGAAGUGGAAGAUCUCUGGCAUGUUAGGCGACAUCUUUGUCAAAAUGUUGGAGAAGCAAGACGGAGAAGGAUUGUCUUUAUAUAAAGAAUACAUUAAUGACUUUCCCUCUAUCAUCAAUAACAUGAAUCAAUGGUUUUCACAAUCACCUCACUUCAAAUCUCUCAUGGGGAGUUCAAAUUUAGCAUCUUCAAAUGUCAUACCACUAUUGUUGGAACCUUUACAACAAAUACCAAAAUACUCAUUAUUACUGAAGAACCUGUUAAAGCAUACAGCCGUGGAUCACCCAGACAGACAGUAUCUGGAGGCUGCCCUGUACAGCCUCAAAAGCUUCCUCUACAUCAUGAAUAAUGACAUUGAGCAUGCCUCCCAGUUCCUGAAUGUUUCCAGGUCUCGAGAGAGUGGAAAUUCGAUGCGAUCUCGUUCAAGUGGGAGCAGCGCUGAAGCUAAUCAGGUGUCCAGUGCGCGGGACAGUGGGAUUCAGGAGGAUGAGAGUCGUCAUCCAGCCUCACCAAACACCACUAGGAGAUAUGUCCUUCAAGUGUUGCGGGAGAGGAGAGAGAGGGAAGAACAGGGGUAUAGGGACCGCCCAGUGUCUGUCCCUUCUCACUCUCAUCAUACUUUCGGAAGUCAUCCUGAUUUAUCCUCACAGGAAUAUGUUGACUUCAUGAAUACGAGCAAAGAGAGCAGUGUCUACUUGCCUUAUCAAUCAGGACACAAGAUGUAUUCUUCUCUGUCAAAAAUACAGGCCAAGGUUCCAGAAAUUCGUAGUCCUGAGAAACCUCCAAGGAGAAUUAAAAUAAGAAGGCGACCUGAUAACCCAAAGAGUGCAAUAAGUUCAAACUAUCUUCGCCCUCUCACUCCACAUUUCCCAUUUUCCAGCACUCCAAGUCGGCCAGCCUUUGAUGAGCAGGAGAAUCUGAGACCCCCUCCAUCAACUAGGAGGGGUAGGGCCAGACCAGCAAGUUCCAUUGAUUUCACGAACAGGGGGAGUGAAAGACGAGACCAGAUGUUAGAGGACUGGUCAUUUCAAGGGACAAGUCUCAACUCCCCCAGAGAUCAUCCAGGGGAGGGCAGGGCCAGGAACGAGCUUCACCUGUCUCUCCAGAGACUGCUGGCAGAGAGGGACAGGGACAGUAGUCAUAGAGAAGAAAACGAGCAGUAUUUCCAGCCCCUCAGUAUGUCCUCCGAGUCUGGAAGACCUGCUGAGGACAGAUUUGCCACCUCCUCAUACAAUGGUAUUCAGUCAAGUCGACCUGCCUUUCAGCAGAAGAUUGUGGAGGACUAUGGUAUCUAUGGUGAUGAGGAUGAUGAGGAAGACUAUGAUAAAGAGAGGAAUUUAUCUGGUUCUUUUCAUUCUCAUAAUAGUCCAGUAAAGGAACAACAUGACAAUCCUUAUGAGAACUAUCAUCAAAGAAGAGUUCUACCAGAGGUCAAGGUCAAGAAUGUGACCUCUGAGGUUCCUCAGGGGCGCAGAGAAAAACCUCUUCCUAGUCCAAGGAGAAAUGAAUCUCAAAAAUCUCGAUUGUCAGACACAUCCUCAAAAUUAUCAGUGGAAAGAAAAAAUUCAAGUGAAGCUGCAGGCAGCAAGCAGCUGAAGCCUGAACACUUGGUGCCAGCCCCAUCUGAUAACUCAACUGGUGUUGUAAAUAAGAAAAGGGACAUGCAGCUGUUUGAAAUUGAUGCUAAUGAGUACAUAGACAAUAAGAGGAACUCUUAUGUGCAGGCUGAAAAGCCUUCAGAGGAGGACCAUUCAUUUAAGGGAGAGGGUAUGAAAACCUCAGCUGAUAUUAACAAGAAUGGACUGAAACUGGAUGUGAAAGCUACAGAAAAUAUAUCAAUGAGGCCCAGCCAUCAAAACGCUGAAUCUGCCAGCCGACCUUCCUCAGAUCCUGUAACUCCUAGUGGUCCAGCACCAAAGAGUCCCAACAAAACUUCCAAGAAAUUGCCUGUUCCUAGUGGUCGAUUAAGUUAUCCAAAUUUAGACCAGAUGCCCUCAGCUUCCAAGAUUCCAUCCCCUCCUGUCACCCCCACAGAUGGAAAGAACCUGAAAGCUCUGGCGAAAGACACCAAAAUCCCCUUGUAUAUGCCAAAAAGAAAGGAUAAAGUUGGCAAGGGAUCAAAUGAAAACAUCUCCAAAUCCACAGAGGAUGUGUCCAAAGUGAAGAAAAAGACCAAGUUUGGGUCCAUUAAGAGUUUUUUUGGAAGAAAAAGGAAAAUAUUUAAAGAAUUUUCGUCAGCCCAGGAUCUCCGGGGAAUGGAAAAUUUCGAGGAUCUUAAUAAAAGUGACAACCUGUCCAUGGAAUGCUGGGUAGAGGAUGAUAUCGGAAUUCAUACUGAAAAUUUACAUUGAUCUGUAUUUUAAAAGAGUAUGAAUUUGAAAGAAAAGAGUAUAUUAAGUGGCCGCAUAUAUCUAUCUCUUCUAAUAAUUCAGAAGUAUAGGUGAAAUGUAAAUGACUGCCAUAUGAACAUUUAAAGUGCUACAGAAACUUGUCAUUGUACUCAGAUAAAAAAUCAGGAUGUUAUCAAACAAAAUAUUAAUCAUUUUCAUCAACCAAACUGAAUGAUGCAAUGGAGAAAAAAAACAAGUUUAUAUCAUGUGCUGCAUCUGACAUAUAUUCAAUCAAAUGAUUUAAACUUAUUUGAAUUACACAUGUACAUUUUUAAAGUGAUGAUCAGCGAUUUGUGUAGUACACAAGUUAUCUCGAGUAACUGCCAGCUAUUUUGAUUACUCAGACAUUUUCAAAGAUUCAAUGAUAUCGUCGAUCUACCAGGUAGAUACUGUAAGUUGUUCUUCUCUCUGAAAAAAAAAAGACACAGACUACACUUUAUUUGUGAACAACUAAAAUGCUGAAAAAGUUUCUGUGACCCUGCAGGGAUAAGAAAGAGCAUCUGAUAUUGUACAUGUAUUUAUUAUGCAAUCUUUUAUUAAUAAAAACACAUAGAUUUAUAAGGAUGUGUAAAUAAAUGGAAGCUUUAAUACAAAGUAUGUGUACCUGUGUCACAUGAUUGCUCAGCACUAUUUUUACUUUGAUGGUCUUCCAGAUCAACAGUGAGUUUUGUCAGCUAUGCAUUUUUUACUGUUAUUUUAAAUAUCAAGAUACAUGUAUUUGAUUUAUAUAUUUAUUGAAUAAAAAUGUUUUCCAAGUU